AUGCGCGACCCGGCGGACGACGAAGAAGCCGACCUAUUCGACCUCUGGGACCAAUUCAUGAGAGAGAUCUUCAAGCGCUGGAGUUCCAACCGUGGCGUUCCCUCCCUUGGGAAAUUCCCCGACCGCAAGUUUGAUGACGCCAACAUUCAGGUGGGUGUCCUGAAGGAGAACCACCCAGAGUCAGGUGCCGGGGGACAGCCAGGCCCCCAUCUCCCAACAUCGGAGACCCGUGUGGCCGGAGCGCCGGUGUUUCUCGGAGUGACACUGAGUCUCGAGACCGAGCAAUGGGGACUGCUAUGGCGCGACGCAAACUGCCAGUUUAUUAACCCCCGAUAUGCCGACCGCAUCAUCAACUGGAACAAGAAGGUUGUUGUGAACGCGGCCCGGCGUCGCAUUGUCCGGUGGGCCGCCGCGGGCAGCCAGCGUGAGAUGAUCAUCCACCGGGAUGACCUUCUGGGACCUGAUGAUAUCAAGUCCCUCGUCCUUGCAUCCGACUACAUCGAGCAGGAACGCCGUGGUCUCGAGGAGCUAUCUCCCAGGAGGAAUUCCUUUGUCAUGGCACCAAUGCCUGCUACGCUCUUAAUCCCUGAGCGAUUCUGUGCGCAGACCCUCCAACUGUCAGUACGAAUACAAGUCAAACGACCACAUCGUCAAGAAGCCUACACAAUGAACUCCAACCGCACAACCAAGACCGAGCCAGUUCCCAAGGCGGAAUCAGAUAUCACGCGCGAGCUUGCCCUCGAACGUAGUCUACAUGUCAAGACCGAGGGGAAACUCAGUCCUGAUAAAGGUGGCGACAUCAUCUUUGUCGGCAUCAACUCUCUCUCCUCGACACCGGGCUGCCCCUGGGAAAUGCUCUUAUGGCGCCUCCUCCUCCUCCUCCCACCCUGUAUCGUCAUCUUCAUCGUCCCUCCCAGCCCCUUCCUCAUCUUCUGGAAUCGCCCAUGUGCCCCCCAAUGGCCCCUCUAUGGAGGGGGCGGCAAACUGGCUGCGAAAGCUCAAGGCCGUGUCCAUAUCUUUCAGAUGGGCGACUACUCACACUGGAUCGCCUUGAAUCACGGCGAAUCCAGAUGCUAUACUGGGAUCUUCCAAGCUUUCCCAGACGCAAGCCUAACCGAGUGUCUGAAAUCCGUCGACGUGUUUCAGGGCCAUCACGGAGCAGUCGCGACAUACAUAAAGUGGGUGGUCAACAUGCCUGAAUUUCCGGCGCCCGACACCCGCAUCCCAAAGAAGACCAUGCACGCAACGCAAAAGUACGAUCUUACCGACUUCCAACACACACUCACGUGCACGAGGGAGACCUCGCACCGAUGCGACUUUAGCUAUUGCAUCAAUCCAAUGCAUGGUGUCGCUGAGCCUCAUGCCGACAACAUGAACCGGGCAAGAUGUUUCGACCGAGCAAGAAUGGAUGCCGAGAGGGGAAGGAAGGUUCACCAGUUCUGCGAAAGGCACUCGUCAUCAUGUCUGCUGCAACUCGCCUCCGGGCCGGGGACCGGCAAGAUCAUCACGGAGUAUGAAAGCUUGGGCAACACGACCGUCAUCAGCCUGCCUCCGCAGAUCAAGUCAACCAAAGGGCCACCUCUCUUAACCAUCGACGCUCAAAUAUUUCACUGGCAGGAUAAAGUUCGCGUCUUGGAUCGAGAGAUCCCAUGUCCCCCAACACAGCAAGGUCUUGUGGACGGCAAGCCUGACAGUCUCAAAUGCAGUGCCGGGAUUUUUGGCACCCGUGUUCGGAACUUCAUGCGCACGCUGGACGAGUAG